GACAUUCGCCAAGGAGCAGGCCGGGUGCGAAGUGGGAUGGUCGGUGAUUGUGGAUGUGCUUGAAAAGCAUCCCGAGGCUUUUCGUUCUUCCGCGAAAUGUGGGCAUUCGGGUUGCUCAUCUUGCCGCUGUUGCCUCCGCUCACCGAAGCUGCCGCUACUAAUCAGUCCAAGAACGCUUCGCACAGCCGUUACUUGCUCAUCCAACAUCAGGUCUAUGAGGAGCAUCAGGAGGUGAUUCGGCGGGACAAACCUCGAGAAACGGCAUCUGAUGAUGAUGAACUCUUCGACUUUGUGCAGCGUUACCUGUUCGAGCGCGGCGGUCAACACAAGCUGCGUGCUCAGAACGGGAGAGCGCAGUUCGUCGGCAUCGACAACACUUCAGACAUUCAGCGUGCCGUUAAGCAAGCAGGCAGAUUGGUUGAGAAUGAUCGCCGUUACAAGAUGCAUAUCAUCAAGUUCCGCCUGAUCAACGACACCGGCCUCGCGUACGCUCCGAAGCCACCCGACGAGAGCCGGAUCCAGAUUAAGAACUUGUUCAAGCAGAGCGACUACGUCAGUCGACCAAAAGAGGUGCGACAGGGAGUUGUAGCCGCGCAGCAUAAAAAUAUUGAAGAACGGUCUCCUACGACCCGGCGGCCAGAAGACCUCUCGCAUACAGCGGUUGACAAACAGGGAAAGCCGAUAUUGUUAGCUGCAACAAACGCGAAGCUGGUAGGCCCCACCUACAGUACCCGUCAUCCCACGCACGUGACAACGACUUCCGUCGCAGCAAAAGGUGCAGGGAAAGCGAUCGGUAAAUGCGCCAAACCUGAAUUGCAUCAGCCGAGCACGACUAGGCCCACGACGCAUUCUACGACGACACCGAGACCCACGACGCAUUCUACGACGACACCGAGACCCACGACGCAUUCUACGACGACACCGAGACCCACGACGCAUUCUACGACGACACCGAGACCCACGACGCACUCUACGACGACACCGAGGCCAACGACCCACCGUAGGUCGACAACGCGGAAGCCACUUGCUGCAGUCAGUCUUGUAUGUAACAAAACCAACAGCACCUUAAAACCAAUGUUGCACGGCCAUCCUUACUUAGUGAUUAAACUCCACGAGAUCGAGGGAACACCAAGCACCCACCCGCCAUCUCUAUCAACGAAGAAUUUGACCUCGUCUUCAAAAUUUUCUACUUCAUGGACGGGGUCCUCCCAUAAGCAUUCGAAUGCAUCGACCAGGACACCCACGGGACCAUCCACAGCGACGUCAACGCGGUGGAUUCUGCAUCGCCGAAGCUCGAACCGCUCCAAGAGGACGCGUGCCCGGGGCAGAGAGACGCAGGUCUUACAGAACGACGUACAGGGAGGCAUCUUAAAUGUCCUCCGUACUUUUCGAGACUUGAAACGAAUGUCUUCCAAAGGCAAAGCGGAUAACCAAGUGAUUGAUCCGAAUAUUGAGAUUGACCGCGUCCUCAUUGACAGAGAUCGGCCUAGGCUGAAAUCUGAAGAUGAUGAGCUGGAAGAUAACGAAGCUGAGGAAGGAGAGUUGCAUCGGUUCAACCUGUUCCUGCGGCAAGCGAUCAACCUCCUCAAUCCUUCUACUACGAAAAGAACGCAUUCUUAGCCUAACGGAUUAAUCUUGUACAUAUACCAUCAACCCAUAACGCUCAUUUCAAAGUCGAAAGUUUCCGUAACGCUAUAGUGUUGUAAAGCUGUUCGUUUAAAAACUGGUAUCAUCCUCUUCAGUGCCCUAUCAUGCCAGAGAUAUAGCGCCAAAGCUGAGUUUUGAGAGGUCGUAGCAAUAAAGCAACUCACAUCCGGAA